AAGCCCUAGCUGUUCAGCCUGUUCCCUCCUCCACGAUUUCACACGUCUCUCCCCCUCCUUGACGAUUUCUCACGCUUCUCUCGCUGCUCUAUCACGUAUGCUCUCUCUCUCUCCGAUCGAUUUCCUCACUUUUUCUCUGCGACUGCAGGAUUGUCAGUGGUUCCGAAUUUGGAGCGAGAAGCUGGCUGACAAAGCGGAGGAAACGAAGCCAGAGGGUCUGAUUGCGCUGUGGAUUCUCCUUGACUCAAUACCUUGUCUUGGUCAGUCUGUUCCGCCGGCGUCGGAGUUGGCGAACGAUUUCUCACGCCUCUCUCGCUGCUCCAUCCCGUACCCUCUCGGUAUACUCUCUCGCUCCUGUAGUUUGCAUUUGUACCGUUUGGAAGCUGCUAUAAAUCUGCUCGGCCCACAGUGGCUAUUAUUGACCUGCUAUCAUUUGGAAGGGAAAUCACAGUCACUGGACAAGCUGGAGCUUUCUGAUUUCUCAUUUCAAUUAAAUGAGUUCGUGUUGCACUUACAUUUGCUAGCUGAUUGCUGCUGCAUAGAUGGUGGCUCAAGCUAUGGUUGUGCUUUACAGUAGCCUUUAAAGCUGCCUGGAAUACAGAUUCAAAGCUAUGGUCGUGUCUUACUAUUUGUGAUCCGGAA